UCUAACGUUCCGCCAGGCGGCGCCAUGGCGUUCCCGGAGCCGGCAGGGAAUGCGCUGCAGAACGCCAUGAAGAUGGCGAGGGUGGCGAUCCAGCUGGACACCGACUGCCGGCUGAAGGAAGCUUAUUGCGAAUACCUUAAGAGUAUACACUUUAUCACACAAGCUUUGAUAGAAGAUGCCCAAAUAAAAGAUGAGAGAGAGCUGGUAACACCUGAAGUGCAGAAAAUGCUCAAAUUGGCAGACCAGUGCUUAGAGAGGAUUAAAACCACAGCUGCAAAACUUGGUGAAGUGGAAAGGCAGCCUGCAGCAAGCCAAGUCACCAAGCCCUCAUAUACUCCAAGUCAUCGUAGAGUCGUCUCGGAUGGGGGUGGCACCAGAACAUCACUUUUGCCUCCUGAAGUCUUUGAAAAAAAGCAAAUUCCAGAAACAUUCAUUACAAAAAGAGAACUUACGCCAUUGGAAGAAGCUUCAAGACAGAACCAGAAGUUAAAAGCUGCUUAUGAGGCACGGAUGGCACGGUUAAACCCUAAUCAGGGCAUACAGAAAACAUCACUGACCUUAUCUCUCCAGCGGCAGAUGAUGGAAAACCUGAUCAUUGGACAGGCAAGGCAGGCAGCGCUGCAAAGAAAGAUGGAAGAACGACGGCUGAGACUUCAAGAAGAAGCCAACAGGAGGUUUUCAAACAGCACCAUAUUGACCCCGGAGAAGGAGGAGCAGAGAAAUGUGUACGCGAGCAUUUUAGAGUUUGAGCAGGACCAUGAGUGGCCCAAACAAUGGAAAAUGAGAUUGAGAUCACAACCUAAUGAUCUCGUGCUGGUGGCAGGUCUUGUAUCGCAAAUACUGAGCUGUUCAGAGCAUCCAAUCACACAACUACUGAAGAAGCUACAGUGCAGGAUUUACAGCAAGCUCUACCCUAUUGUGAAGUCACAGUUUUCAGAUCUGGCUGGCAUUACUGAACUGUGUCCAGGUACUGCAUUGUACUCCUUCCAUGCCCAGUGUCCACUGAAGACGGAUGUAGCAUCCUCAUUUAACAGAGGAAGCAGAUUAAAGUCUUCGAAAAGUGCGUGUUGUUUGGGCUCUAUUCAAGAUCAGAAUAAAUUAAAUUCUGGUGAAUUAAGACACAGUUCCUCUGUCAGCACAGUGGCAUUAAUUGAACAUAGUAACGCAACCUCAGAUACUAGCAGUCAGAGUGGACAAGGAGAAGAUGCUGCAGGUCGACAGAUCAACCCAGCAGCGACUGAUGGAACAGAUCCAAUGGUUGACAAAAAUAGCCCUUUUGAAGAUUUGGAACACUACAUAACAAAGUUUGAGCCACAACCGGGAAAUGAUAAAGACAACUCAACACUACUGACAAAUACUGAACAUCAUCAAAUGGAAGAUAUUGAACUGCAAAAUCACCUGAAGGAUAUUGUUACUGAUGUGCAUAAUUCAAUAGACAAAUUACUGUCCUUGUGUAUUCUGGCUUUUGAACCUCUCAACACUGCGACAGGCAAAGACCAGUGUCUGGCCAGCAUCGAGGAGACUUUGUUCCAGCCUAUCUGGGUGUUCCUUUUGGCUCUCUUUAGAAGAGUGAAUACACAGAGAGAAAUGGCACUCGACAAAAGCAUGCAGUUGUACAUGUCAGCUGGGCCAGCAGAUAUUGGGGUUACGGCUAAACUCUUCCCCAAGGAAUCCGCCUCCUCAAAUGAUUCCUAUCCAUAUGAAGUAGCGGUAAAAGAAUUGAGGUUAAUAACCAAAGAAUAUUGUCCACAAAAAAAACUUGAAUGUAUUGUGCGAACACUUCGUCUUAUCUGUGAAUGUGCUGAAUAUUAUUGCAACUCUAAUGAAGCUGGUGCAAUCCAUGUUACUUCUGCAAUUGGGGCCGAUGAUCUGCUGCCCAUUUUAUCGUACGUGGUGCUGAAGUGCGACAUAACGCAGCUUGUGUCAGAGUGUGCGGCAUUGGAAGAGUUUAUUCAUGAGGGGUAUUUAAUUGGUGAAGAAGGAUACUGCUUGACAUCGAUGCAGAGUGCUCUAUCAUAUGUGGAAUCUUUAUCCAAAGCCUGAAUCCUGUCGAUUACGUCCAUAUAUUUGCAGAGAAUCUUCAAGAUGGCUUCUUGUUCCGCUCCUUAAAGACUAUUUUUAUAUUUAAUUCUCAGGUGGAAUGUAGUUUUCAAUUGAAAUAUAAAAUGGUAUGAUAUUUGGGACAAACAUUUUGAUGUUGUCCAGACAUUGUAAAAUUAUCUAUUUGUGUGAGCAUGUAUUGAAAUAGUAUGACUGGUUGAAGGUAAUAAUAAGGGAUCGCACAGAUAUAAAAGUUGUAUAUUCUAUGCUAAUGUUGGAGAAGACUACUACCCACUGCACUAGAACUGGUCAACUAUACACCCAAUCCUUCACUAGUAUGAGUAUUGCAAUUUCUGUUCAUUAUUUUGGAUGUUGGACCUUUUCCUCGACAUAUAAUAUAUUGAAAUCAAAUCUUUAGAAUGUUGUUGAUUUUAUAUUGGUUGAAGUUUUAAGUCAAUAGAUUUUCUUCUAUUGUAUAUAAUAUUUCUUUUAAUUUAAAAAUAAAAGGAGUUGUAAAUCCA